AUGUUUACAACUCACCAGCACCUUGACCUGGGAUGUGGCACACUGGUACCGUUGCAGAAACCAGGAAAGACGGUUGGACCACCUGGAAAUCUGCGCCCUAUUGUCCUCCUUACAUCAUUACGCAAAACGCUCUCCAUUAUUACAUUGCGAAGAAUAUCGUCGAAAGUCGGUGAGUACUUGUCUCCGACGCAGAGUGGUUUCAGAGCAGGCCGAUCUACAGCGGACCUUGUUUGGAGCCACAGAUGGUUUGCAGCAACAUGUCAGCAUUAUCGGCGGGAAAUGACCAUUCUUGGAAUCGACAUGUCCAAAGCAUUCGACUGUAUACAUCGUGACAAACUGUUGACAGUUCUCGAGUCUUUCCUGACGGAGGAUGAUGUUCGGCUGGUUAGAGUGCUGUUGACCAACACAACUCUGGUACGCAUCGGCAGGGCAGUAUCAGAGUCCCUUGAAACUACAAUUGGCACCCCGCAGGGUGAUUCUCUCUCCCCGGUGUUGUUUGUUAUAUACUUAGAGGCAGCACUGAGAGAUCUGAGGAGCACCCAGGUGGCACGAAACAGACCGCCAAUGGAUCAAAGCAUCAACAUUCCAUUUGAGCUUGUCUACGCAGAUGACACUGAUUUCAUAAGCCUUAGUCGUCAAUGGCUCACAGAGCUCGAACCGGUCAUAGACCACACUCUCGGGCAGUGGGCCCUGAGAGUCAACAACACCAAAACUGAGUGGAGGGAGCUGGGUCGAUCUGUAGACAGAAUUGACGAGCGCUGGAGGACAUCCCGAAAGCUGGGCUCACUCCUGGGCGACCUUGAGGAUGUGACACGUCGCAGGCAAUUGGCCGAGGCUGCCUUCCGAUCCAUGUGGUCUCUUUGGAAGCGCCGAGGACUGAUCCGAGAGCCGCUGCGUAUGAGGUUGUACUGCGCCUUUAUCAUGCCGAUACUUCUCUAUAAUUCAGGCACCUGGAGCCUGACGGUUGCUAGCGAACGCUCCCUGGACGCUUUCCAUAGAAGGCAACUCAGGUCACUUCUCGGCAUCACAUGGCCACAAAAGAUUAGUAAUUUGGCGUUGUAUGCCCGAUGUGGAGUGGAGCCGGUGUCGGACUUGAUCCGAAAUUCACGCUGGAGUCUAUUCGGGCAUGUGCUUCGCCUGGGUAAGGACACGCCAGCACGAUUGAGCAUGGAGCAAUACUUUCAGGCAACCGAGGGGAGGUACCGUGGGAGGCCGAGGGUGACACUACCAAUAAAGCUCCACACCGAUCUGUCCCAGUCGAACAAUGGGCACCUGCGGAGUGUUGAGGACUUGCGCCGUCUGGAGCGGAUUGCUGUGGACCGUCCAGCAUGGAACGCGCUGGUGAAGAGCGUUUGUGCACACCCUCGUCACGAGUAG